AUGAUAAACAAGGCAGCUCCUGGUUUUUUUCCUGAGAUUCGAUACGAGUUGUCGGAUUACAACGAUGUCCGACACGAUGAUGAUCCUAAUUGUUCAAUAGAUACCAAACUGUUUGAUCAAAUGUGUCAAAAAAUACCGUCUGACAUCGAAUCUAGUCUUCAAAGUGAUCGUUUUUGUCUUAGCAGGAUAUAUUUAGCAGGAAACACAUCUGCGUUAUCAGCAUUGAAUUCAACAGACUUUGGGCAGUUUAAGAAGAACUCAGAUAGAGAGUAUGUUUUAAGGAAUAAAUUAAAGGAAUACCUAGCUAAUAGUUCGGAAUCAGGGAUUCCGUUACCACAGUUUAAUCAUUUAGAUACAGUACUGACUAGGGGAUAUGACGUAGUAAGAACUCAAAAUCGUCGUUGGCGGAAUACCAUAACAGACCUUUUCAAUAGAAAAAAGCGUGCUGGUUCGAGAAGCAGCCGAUAUGAAUUUGGUGUUCCUCAAUUGGACUCUCUUAUAUCUACUGAAAUAAUAGACAAUGUUGGGCCGGAGGUAGACUUCAUCGAUUUUAAAUACGAAAAGAACGGAAUCACUCAAAUACAAGAGGUUGCGACAAGCAGUUAUAACGAUGAUUUCACAGAUGACGGUUAUAAUAAUAGUAAUGAUAAAAACAAUAAUAAUAGCGAUAAUAGUAACGGUAAUAAUAUUAAUAUCAAUAAAGGCAAGAAUAGAAAUGCUACAAGAAGAAGGACCCAGCGGAAUGUAACUUUACAGCGGAAACUCAAGAUACGACAUCUUCAAAUGAUAUCCUUGGGAGCAACAAUAGGCGUAGGUUUAUUCUUAAAUUCAGGGAGAGCUUUUUCCAUUGCCGGCCCUAUGGGAGCUUUCUUGGGAUUCUUGUACGGAGCUUUUGUGAUCCUAGCCACAUUAUUCUCUUUCGCAGAGAUUUUAGCAUUUAUUCCCAUGAUAUCUGGUAUAUCUGGAUUGUGCUCGCGUUUUGUUAGUGACUCGUUUGGUUUUACUGUAGGAUGGUGUCAUUGGUUAUCGUAUGCAGUAGCUUUUCCUUCGGAACUUAUAGCUAGCGCUAUGAUGAUAUCGUAUUAUAAGCCAUUCGAAAAAGUAGCAACUGAUAACAGCCAUAUGGCUGCUACUAUUACAAUUUUAAUUGUUGUGCUCACAGGCAUAAAUUUACUUGAUGUAAGAAUAUACGGUGAGCUAGAAUAUAUCAUGAGUGCUUUCAAACUCCUAGUCGUAGUGAGCUUAAUAAUAUUGGUUAUCAUAUUAAACUGUGGUGGAUUCAAAAACACUAGCUACAUAGGUUUUAAGUUUUGGACAAAAAACGAAUCGCCAUCUCCAGAUAUCACAUUUGGCCCAUUUAGGCCAACGUAUGACCUUGAAGAUUAUGGGUCUGGUUCUAGAAGAGGAAUCGGGGGGUUUGGUGGGGUUAUAUUAAGCUGCAUUACUUGCAGUGUUAGUUCUAUCUUCUCUUAUAUUGGCAGUGAAAUUGGGUUCAUCGCUGCUCCUGAAGCUCAAAACCCAAGAAAAACAGUUCCAAGUGUUACUAAGAGAAUAUUUGUAAGAGUUGUGCUCUUUUACUUGCUUUCCAUAUUCAUUGUCGGCACCGUGAUCUAUGCGGGUGAUCCUAGGCUAUUAAGAAUAUUAUCUGAUGAUCGUAAAAGCUCCGAUAAUAGUAUUGAAAGCUAUAUGGAUGUUAUCAAUAAGCUUGGUGGUAUGAAUUGUAACAGUCACUUCUCAAACGAUAACUUUUUUAACGAAUCUUCCAAUCAAUCACCUUGGGUGAUCGCGUUCAAAUCUGUAAAACAGUGUGAGCUUGCUAACAUUAUCAAUGGUGUUUUUGUGUGCAUAGGAAUAUCUGCAGCAAGUUCUCAACUUUAUGCUUCUAGUAGAACGCUGUAUUCGAUGGCUUCACAGAAUAAGGCACCUAUCGUUUUCACAUAUUGUUUCAAAAACGGAGUUCCUUACACAGCAGUCUUAUUCUGUGGAGCUCUAGGCUUUCUGAGUCUAUUGUGUUUGGAUUUGAGAAGCACAGAGGCUCUUUUGCUCUUUGUUAGUAUCGGAAGUACAGGAUCAGUGAUCAUGUGGCUUGGAAUGAAUCUUUCAUUUUUGAGAUUCUAUCUCGCCCUCAAAAGACGUCCUGAUAUUAUCGAUCGGAAUUCUAAAGAAUAUCCUUAUAAAUCACCAUUUCAACCGUACCUAUGCAUCUUUGGAAUUGUGUCCACUACACUACUUCUUCUGAUGAGUGGCAUUCAAAACUUUUUUGUUUGGAAGACAUCGAACUUCAUUUCAUCGUAUAUGAUAAUAGUAAUUUUUGUUGUACUAUAUGUUGGGUAUAGUAUUGUUCGCAACAGCUCAAUUCACCAUUUAGAGCAAAUAGAUCUGGAUUCCGGCAGAAGGGAAAUGGACAGGGUUCUUUGGAUUGAAGACGCUAAUUAUACACUAAAUGUUCGUGAGGUUUUUCACGAGAUUUUCAGUUACGUGUGA